AUGGCGCAGUGGAACCAGCUGCAGCAGCUUGACACGCGGUAUCUGGAGCAGCUCCACCAGCUCUACAGCGACAGCUUUCCCAUGGAGCUCCGGCAGUUCCUGGCCCCGUGGAUUGAGAGCCAGGACUGGUGCAGUCCGGGGUCUCAGUUUAUCGGUGUGAAGCACCAAGGGGGACAGGCAACACAUCCGACAGCGGCUGUAGUGACGGAAAAGCAGCAGAUGCUGGAGCAGCAUCUGCAGGAUGUGAGGAAGAGGGUGCAGGAUCUGGAGCAGAAGAUGAAAGUGGUGGAGAAUCUCCAAGAUGACUUUGAUUUUAACUACAAGACUUUGAAAAGCCAGGGAGACAUGCAGGAUCUGAAUGGAAACAAUCAGUCGGUGACCCGGCAGAAAAUGCAGCAGCUGGAACAGAUGCUCACGGCGCUGGACCAAAUGCGAAGGGGUAUUGUGAGCGAGCUGGCUGGACUGCUGUCAGCCAUGGAGUAUGUGCAGAAGAUGCUGGCGGAUGAGGAAUUGGCAGACUGGAAGAGACGGCAGCAGAUCGCCUGCAUUGGUGGCCCACCAAAUAUCUGCUUGGACCGGCUCGAGAACUGGAUAACCUCUCUUGCCGAAUCACAGCUACAGACCCGGCAGCAGAUCAAGAAGCUGGAAGAACUGCAGCAGAAAGUGUCCUACAAGGGUGACCCAAUUGUCCAACACCGGCCCAUGCUGGAGGAGCGGAUCGUGGAGCUGUUCAGGAACCUGAUGAAGAGCGCUUUCGUCGUGGAGAGGCAGCCCUGCAUGCCCAUGCACCCCGACCGGCCCCUCGUCAUCAAAACUGGGGUGCAGUUCACCACCAAAGUCAGGUUGUUGGUCAAGUUCCCAGAGCUGAACUAUCAGCUGAAAAUUAAAGUCUGCAUUGACAAGGAUUCUGGGGAUGUUGCAGCACUUCGAGGGUCCCGGAAGUUUAACAUCCUGGGGACGAACACCAAGGUCAUGAACAUGGAGGAGUCGAACAACGGCAGGCUCUCCGCAGAGGUCCAGCACCUGACCCUGCGGGAGCAGCGGUGCGGUAACGGAGGCAGAGCCAACUGCGACGCCUCACUGAUAGUCACUGAGGAGCUGCAUCUCAUCACCUUCGAGACAGAGGUGUACCACCAGGGGCUGAAGAUCGACCUGGAGACCCACUCUCUGCCUGUGGUGGUCAUCUCCAACAUCUGCCAGAUGCCCAAUGCCUGGGCAUCCAUCCUGUGGUACAACAUGCUGACCAACAACCCCAAGAACGUGAACUUCUUCACCAAGCCCCCCAUCGGGACCUGGGACCAGGUGGCAGAGGUGCUGAGCUGGCAGUUCUCCUCCACCACGAAGCGUGGGCUCAGCAUCGAGCAGCUGACAACGCUGGCAGAAAAGCUGCUAGGGCCAGGUGUGAAUUACUCCGGCUGUCAGAUCACCUGGGCCAAGUUCUGCAAGGAGAACAUGGCUGGCAAAGGCUUCUCUUUCUGGGUCUGGCUGGACAACAUCAUUGACUUGGUGAAAAAGUACAUCCUGGCACUGUGGAACGAAGGGUACAUCAUGGGGUUCAUCAGCAAGGAGCGGGAACGAGCCAUCCUCAGCACCAAGCCGCCGGGAACCUUCCUGCUGCGCUUCAGCGAGAGCAGCAAGGAAGGCGGCAUCACCUUCACGUGGGUGGAGAAGGACAUCAGUGGGAAGACCCAGAUCCAGUCCGUGGAGCCUUACACCAAGCAGCAGCUGAACAACAUGUCGUUCGCGGAGAUCAUCAUGGGCUACAAAAUCAUGGAUGCCACCAACAUCCUGGUGUCCCCCCUGGUGUACUUGUACCCAGACAUCCCCAAGGAGGAGGCGUUUGGGAAGUACUGCCGCUCCGAGAGCCAGGAGCACUCUGAAGCUACUGACUCAGGUGCUGCUCCGUAUCUGAAGACCAAGUUCAUCUGUGUCACUCCCACCUCCUUCAGCAACACCAUCGACCUGCCCAUGUCCCCGCGCACGCUGGACUCGCUCAUGCAGUUUGGCAGCAGCAGCGAGGGAGCAGAGGCCACCGCAGGAGGGCAGUUCUUGGGUCUGUUUUGGGACCUGGAUUUAACGGCAGAGGCUGCCCCGGCUGUGGCAUGCCCCAUGGCCAGGCCCGUGACAGGACCAGGGCUGCGCUUCCCUCGCUGGGCAGAGUUAAACCCACUGGACCCCGACAGGAUGCAGGAGGCUGCUGGAUCUGACGUGACCUGCAGUGAAUGGCCUGUUCUGGCCCUAUUCCCUCUG